AUGAAUGCACGCUGCAACAUUGCUGCGUGUUCCGAGUCUUCGCACUCUCGCUGGCUCUUCCACUUGCUCGCUGAGCCCGCCUCCCGACGUGUCCUCUUCCUCCUCACUCUCGACGCGCCUCUCUCCGCCCUCUUCCCAUCCGGUCCUGGUCCCGGUCCUGGUCCUGGUACGCACUCCUCCCUCCCUCCCUUCCAACAUAUCCACCGACACGUCAGGCUUCCCAGCUUCGCUUCGAUCCUAGCAUCCCCCACGCCUGCCCGCCCGUGUCCUACCCUACGCGACUUGCACGUCGGUGACGCGACAGACGGCAACAAGUUCAACAGGUCGAAGAAGUUCAUUAAUCACACCCACACCCACACCCGGAACGAGAACGAGAAGAAGGGCGCAUCUGCAUCUUAUUUCCCCUCCCUCCCACACGAGAAAGGCCAAUUACCUUACCUUCCACGGUCGCGCUUCGACAUCCUCGCGCCCUAA